ACGUUCGUGCCAAAAAAAAUGAAAAUGGCUUCAUCAUCGCUGUUUGUUGUUUUUGCUUUAGCCGGCGUAUUCUCUUCUGUCGUUCAAGGAGAGCCUCAGAUUGUCCAGCCCUAUCCCAAAAACAUAUUCCCUUUCGAAAAUCAAACGGCGGAAGUGACGUGUGUUGUURUCGACACCACUGGAGCAAAGCCUAACAGCMUUACAUUCAUCAGGAAAAACGAAUUCGGUGACGAAACGCCAAUACCUGAUGGAGGAAAAGGUGGACGAAUUUACUACGAGAGCAGAGCUGAAGAGAGCGGCAAAAAGUUGUUUAAAACUCUUCAUAUAACCAACGUAGUGGCUAAUGACGACUCGAAUCAUGGGAGUUAUGAGUGUAAGGGGAGCUCAUCCGGGAAAACUACAAACCACGGUUUUUCAAUCUCAGUCAUAAAAGAUAGUGAGAUGCCAACAGCUAUCGUUAAAGGUGCCACAGCAACCUACGGUGGAUCUGCCAACCUUACCUGUGACGUMACAAACCCAAAUUUUGCAAAUAUAAUAGAGCAGUUGUCGUGGGUUAAAAAUUCUGAAGUUGUAGCAMGGACAUUGAAUUCUGAAACUAUCGAGCCCUUGACAAUUACCAAUGCAACGGUUAAGGACGCUGGAUCAUAUGUUUGUACUGGACUGAUCAAAUUUAGGAGGUACAUUGCAAGAAACAUUACCUUUGGGACAGCGACUUUAAACAUCAAGCUCAAGAUGGCAAGAAACGUAACAACGUUGGAAGGUGCAGUAUCUGGCAGUGUGAAGAUGGAAUGUCCUGCUGAUGGCUAUCCGAUGAAUGUGACAUGGUGGAAAGUGAAUAAAGAUGGGGAGACAGUCCAACUUAGUAAGURUGCGUACAAAGCAAUCUUUAUUGAUCGUUUCAGCCAUCCCCAUGAGAUUCAAAAGAAUAAAAKACCGACGGCCAUGUUGGAGGUAUAAACAAKAAAUACUAACGAGAAAUCCUUUGAGUUAAAGUUCCUCCAAGAUGGCCGCAGUGAAGUAUAGUGAAAAGUAARAAUAUGGAWGUCAAACCCAGAUAAUUUCAUACUGUGAGCCUAAAAACAUCCACUUUUUUAAUAAACAUGCCUUCUACUAUCGUUGCAGAGUUGAGYCAGCGGUAYAYGGYUAAAAGAGCAUGCUCAUUCUGUCGCUACUCACUGGUAAUCAGCAACCUUGAAUCAAGUGACAGUGGUGGAUACGCCUGUCAUGUUAAUGGCACCAUUGGUUCAGGACAACAUCUUUUCCUUCUGUCUGUCACUGAAACAACAGUUUUGCCGACUUCUGCUUCUGAUGGAAACCAAACCGUUGUGCCAACUUCUGGUGAUGGAGAAAAGCCAAGUCCUGGAGCCAACGCUAUGAUGUAUUCUGCCCAGUCUACUCUCCUCGUUCUUGGAUACCUGGUCGCAUGGUUUUCUUUCUAAGUCAAAGGAAAGAACAAAAAUAAACAUAUGACAAAAAAGCAUUUAAUGUAACAGCUGAGCUUUGAGUCAAAUGGAAUCGCUACCUCCAUGCUUUGCGGCACUUUUGUAGUUUAUUCCAGAGGUYACGUGAUUUCUAUGUAAAAUAUGAAGCAUGCAGCCACACUAUAAUUUUCAUAGAGCAAAGCAUGAUGGGUUAUUCGAUCUUCGUACUUAUGUGUAUGUUUCAUUUUUGCAACUAAAACGUUUCUGUAAAUAAAAAAAUCGAUUUUGUYGAGGUUAAUGACACCCCCACCAAUCGACCAGCGCUUUUCCUGAGAAGUCAUUUGAAUUUAAAAGAAAUUGAAAAACUUACAGUCARUAAUUUUGAAAAACGKUCCGUAAAGGUUCAACUUUUUUGWMCUAAAAUAGUGCGAGRACUCAUCAAUAUUCCAYWAUGCUUUYCAAUUAUAACUAUUGGUUCGUAGAGGUAUAUAUCAUAAUUACUUAACGAUUCAAAUAUUGAUGUUGUAUAUGAAAAAGUAACACAACUGUAGAACUUAUCUCUGUUAUUUUCACUGGAUAAAAGUCUUUACUGGAAGAGUGACCCGCGAAAUAUAAUAUAUAGAGAAGCUGAUUAAAAAUAUUGUAUACAAGCCGUUGUAAAAUGAKGCUAAAAAAUYAAAAAAAAUAAAGUUUGAUUUGAAUGUGCA